CUUAUUUUUAGAAGGUCUCGCGGGAUCCAUGGUGGACCUCUGACCCUCCCCUUCUCUCUCCUCCAUCUCCAUAGCUCUCCUCUUCCCUUCUCUCACUCUCCCUCUUCGUUCCCCGAGGGCCAAACCCCUUUUGCCCAUUUCCCAAUACCAAUUCAGUCCUACUCCAAUCGAUGUCUUGGCUGAGAUCAGCUGUGAACAAGGCCGUCGAGGUCAGCGGCCGUAGGGCCAGCGUUUCACGCACCGUCCGGAGUUAUGCCGACACCUUCGCCGGCGGCGCCAGGAUCCUUCAAGAUCGCAUGGGUAUGCGGAAUCGAAGAAGUUUUAGGAACACUGUGAAAAGACUUGAGGAGAUUGCUAUUUCGAGUAAGGGAGAGGAGAGGGUUCAGCUCCUUAGGAGAUGGUUGGUCGCAUUGAGGCAGAUUGAGAGAGUGCCCGGAGGUAUUGUGGAUGAUAGAGAUUCAGUUCCUUAUGAUAAACCUAAUUCCCCUAAUCGAAAUGCUUCUCUGGACUUAUCUUAUUGUUCUGAUGUGGGUGGUGAUCUCUCCAAUUUCCGGGAGGUGUUCCUCCAGAGUCAAGCUCUCGAAGGCAUUACAAUGUCCAUGAUUCUGGAAGAACCAAAUGAGGAAGAAGCUUCACUACUCUUGGAGAUAUUUGGACUCUGUUUUACAGGAGGGAAGGAAGUCCAGAGUACAGUCAUUGGCAGCAUAAGAAAUUUAGCCAAGGCAUUCUCACAUUACCAAGAUGAAGUUCUGGUAAAGCGAGAAGAGUUGCUCCAGUAUGCUCAAAGUGCCAUUUCAGGCCUGAAAUUGAAUCCUGAAAUUACAAGAAUAGAUGCUGAAGCCUCUGAGUUGUGGAAAAGCGUUAAUAAAAUGAAAGGACUGCAAGAAUCUUCAUCAAAUGGCUUGGACAUGACAUCAAGAGACACGGCCCUUCCAACAGUUGAGGCUCUCAAAAAUGCACUUGCAGAAAUUCAACUAUGUUCUAGAUUGGAAAUGCUAUUGCUGAAGAAGCAAUCCAUAAAGAAUGGAGACUCUGCGGAGAGCCACUCUCAGAAGGUUCAUAAGUUAAAAAUUUUGGCAGAAUCUCUUGCUAACUCAUCCACAAAAGCAGAAAUGCGUAUUGUUGAUCAACGACGACAGACUGAAGAGGCACAUAACUUUCGUGUGGCUAAAGCUAGUGAAGUGUCUGAAAUUGAGAAGGAAUUGGUGACUGAGAUUCUUGACCUCGAGAGGCAAAGAGACGAACUCGAGGUUGAGCUAAAGAAGAUCAAUACGCGCUUGACCGCUGCUCUAACAAGACUUCAGAAGAGCAGGGAAGAGAGAAACCAGUUUGAUGAAGCCAGUAAUCAAAUUGUCCUUCACUUGAAAGCAAAGGAAGAUGAACUCUCAAGAUCUGUUGCUUCAUGUAAACUAGAAGGAGAUGUUGUCCACUCAUGGAUUAAUUUCUUGGAGAGUACCUGGGUUCAUCAGUCUGCCAAUACUGAUCUGAAGGAGAAGCAGACCAAUGAUGAACUUGAGAAAUACGAAAGCUACUUUAUGAAAUUGAUCAAGCAUCACCUUUUGGCUUGCAAGGUGGAGGUGGGAUCCUGCCUAACUCAUAUCAAGACAAUUGUCGACAACUUGAAAAUAUUCUCUGAGGGGUCAGCAAUAAAAUCAAUAUCAAGCGAUGAUAUCUCAAAUGAAACAAACCCCCGUCAAAUUCUUGAGGAGGAUUAUCUAAAAGCCGAAACAAAGAUAGUAACAGCCUUUAAUGUUGUUGAUCACAUGAAAGAACUAUUUUAUCUAGAACAAGAAAACCCUUUCAGGAAACAAGAUCCUCAAGUUAAGGAACUAUUUAAUGAUGUUGACAAACUGAGAGUUGAAUUUGGAUCCAUUCAAAGACCAACAUUAGAGAUUGAAAUUUCAAAAGACAAAGUGAGUGUCUCAGAAGGUACAUUACAAUCACAAAAGACAUCUAAUUCGGCAAAGACAACAUAUUCACCGAUGUCCAGAGGAAUUGAAUCUUCCAAUUCAGCUGCAUUUGUGAUAGACCUUCAAUCAGAGAAGGAACUGGAAAGACUAGUACCUGAUUUGUUUCCAAUGAGCACUGGAAGCUCACAUGAAGAGAUAUCUGGAUGGGAGUUUGAUGAACCUGAACAUGAACAAAGAUACAGUGAAUCAGCAGAAAAAAACCAGAGCUGAGCAAACUGAAUCAGCAACAACAAAACAAACAGGCCUUCAAGGAUGUUUUCUUCUUCUUCUUCUUUUUUUAAAUUUAAAUUUUUAUUUUUUAUGUUAAUCCAGCUGGCCAUCUCAUUCUUUAUACACAACAAAGACAGUGAAAUACCUACAAUUUAUUCACAUGUACAUUGAGCAGGGAGUGCAUUUUUUGAUUCAU